CUCAUUUUUAUUUAUUUAUUUAUUUGUUUAUUUUCUGGGCAAGUGCUAGUGAACCCCGAAGAUGGAGUGUUCUUCAUUACACGGCCCAAACACAAGGAAAUCUUCGUUGGCGAAGACGUACAAUUUGAUUGGGAAUACGCGCGAACCGACGUUCAGGAAGUUAGCUUCGGAGUUAUUCUACCUGAUAUUGGGGAGAUGACUAUUUAUAGUAAGAAAAAAGAUGGAGGAACAGUAUUUAAUAACGCUUAUCAAGCCAUCGACUGGAUCAGGGACAGGACUGAAAUUGUCUCCAACAGACGGGCAAGUUUUAAAAUUAACAGAGUUCAGAUGAAAGAUACAGGGACCUAUUACUGUACUUUGGUCGUGGAAUUGGUUCACUAUAUCAGCACAGUUCGAUUAACAGUCGUAGGUAAGUACGAAAACAAAGAGUGUAACCGGUACAACCCUGCUGGGAGUACGGCGCUGAAACAUAACUUGAAAUGGCUUCGCUCGAUAAUUAGGAUCAAAAACCAUAGACAAGCUUUUUUCAAAAUUUGAAUGAUAUAUUUACUUGGAUAGUUAUCGAUCUUGAGAAUAUAAUUGAUGUACAGGGAACCAUUAAAUAGUUUCUUUUCGCGUCAGUCUUACUUUUUUUUUGCUACGUUCCGCAGUUUCGGGCUAAGUUGCCCCAGCCUUACAUACCAAUAAGUUGAACUGCAUUGUACUUUUACUAAUUUAAUCUUCAAUCAUUUUUCAGUUUUAAUGCAAGAACUCGUCAAAUUAAAAAUGUCUAGUUCCUUAAUAAAAUGUCAGUCAAUACUGUAAAAUAAUCAUUUGUUGAAAAAUACGCAUCAGUACCAGUAUAAAAACAUACACCUUUAAAUUCAGAUAUAUUAUUGUGGAAGCCUAAGGUAGUAAAUUUAAAAUUUUUUUUGGUCAUAAAUUCUUAAAGUGAGGCAAAGUGAAGCGAGGAUAAAAUGCAAAUUAUAUUUUGUAAAAACUCUAUUAUUAAUUAGGAUACAAAAAAUGUCCAUGAGUCAGUUAGUCAGUUUUGAAAUACAAUUAGCGGAAAUAAAUAGCAAAAACAAAAACCACAUAGAAAAAACUAAAUACCUAUUAGUGGAAGGAAAUUUGGAACUCAUUAGUCAGCGUAAGUGAAUAUGGUAAAACGACAAAACUAGACAGGAUUAAAUACAUUUCACAGAAUGAAAUAAUUAUUACUAUGCUGAUCGCUAAUCGAGUCAGUAGCCAUGAGAAAGUUCUGUGACCAGUCUUACAAUAUUUUCUACAGACUUACAUUUUCUGAACAAACGUAUUUUUUGAGCACUUUGCUCUGCUGUUAAUUUAAUUUUGAUCCAGGAAAAGGGAGACUCUGAUCCUUUAUGAUGUGUCAGGAGGCUCCUGGAUGUGUGUAUUAUUUUAAGCCAGGAUUUUAAGCCAUGGUACAAAAGACUUCCAGGAGGCAAUGACCAUGGUCGCAGAUUGAACUGAACUUGUCUCCAGGUUUCUUACUGUUUUCAAAAUCAACCAUACGUACAUACCCCCGCACAAAUGGAACUAUCAGUCAAUAUCACCCUGACGGGUAUUUUGUCUGUACUUCUUCAUCUUUAGAUCUUUUGAUUGACAAGCAGCUCUCGACACAAACGAAGGAGACCUGGGAAGGACACAAGAUUACAAUUCUGUGUGCAGUAAGGCUACCACCAGGACAAACAGGGGUUAAGUUUUCUUGGAUGCAUAUUCCUUCAAACAGAACUGUCUCCAAACAAUUUCAUGAAGAACUGAGAGGCAAAAGUUACUUGACUAUAACAACAAUUAAAGAUGAAGACUUCGAGUCACUGCAGUGUAGAGCAGAGACGGCGUCUACCGUGAAAUUUCACGUCAUUGACAUUAUUAAGCUGAGUGAGUACAUAGAUUGGUUUUAUUGAAAACCUCGAGGAGCUUCAAGGUCAGGUCUCUUUUUUUGGCAGAUAAAACAAAAGCCUUGUAGUUCCUCUUUCCAUUGGAUUAAACGAACGAUGGAGCCUUUGCCACCAUGAUAAAUUAACUCUAUAUCACGUGGUCGCGCGUCGACCAAUCAGACAUUUCUCAACGAUGAAGAGGCAGACAGUCUAUACACUGAAUCUUACGCAUGUGCCCUGCUAUGACCCUAUCAGAUUACCAAUGUAGCAACAGUGUGCAUCCGACACUUUUCUAAUCGCCUGUUCCAUUUGAGUUCACUGAUAGACAGUGAAUACCUAAAAAACCCAGAAUGGAGGACUUGCAAUAGAAUAUACCGGCAGAAUUUUACUAACACAGGUUAUAACUGUAAAUCCAGACUGCAAUCACGUUAGGAAAUCCUCUAUCACCUCUCUCCUCCGUAGAGGCUCCCAGUGGGUAUUCAAAUAAAAAUAGCAAUAAUAAUAAUAAAAAAAUAUUAAGCGCGCAGUGGAUGAUGGGAAGUGAGAAAAGGCCUCUCCUCCUCUUUUCCCCUUCCCAUCGUGCCCCGCGCGCUUUCAUUUUCCUCCUCUCCCCAGCCUCCCUACGACGCAACAACAUGACUAUAACAUAUACCGUAUCGCAAAAGCUAUUCAUAACCAAUCAUCGAUUCAUAUAUUUAUUCUUAAGAUAACUUAAAGUAAGUGGGUUCAAACCUUUCACCGUUUUGAAGUAAAGUCAAAUUAAAUAAAGUAGAUCCUUGCGUAUUUUAAAAGAGAAACCUCUGCGGUAGAGGGAGCUAAAACACGAAACCGUUAGCUAAACCGUUUUUAAUGUUUAUCCUUGCAGAUGCCCCGUCUGAACCUAGAAAUCUCAAAGCAGAAAGAUCAUUGGACAAUAAAAUUCAACGAACAUACAUUCGGCUCAGUUGGGAUCCCCCUGCAGAUGACGGCGGGGCUGCGUUAAACUAUAUCAUAUCGUACAAACAAUGCGGCCUGCUGGGGAAGUCCCCAAAGACGCUGGAGGCUGAAACCAGUGAAUUUAUGGAAUUGUUUCUCCCAGGAGGGAGUAGCUAUCGAGUUACUGUGAAAGCAAAAAACAAGGCGGGCAUUGGUCCACCAUCAAAUAAGUUAGUUGUCAAUCUUGGUAGGUAUUAG